CUGCUGCGGCAGCGGCGGAUCCCUCCGCGGGGAGUCACGUGCCCCACCCCCUUGGGGGCGUCGGAAACUCAAAACAAAAACAAGGGGUUUGCUUCGGCAUCCGCAGCAGCGGCGGUGGCGGCGGUGGACCCGCAGUCGGCCUGGGCUAGAGGGGCCGGUGCAGCGCCCCAGGAGGAGGGUGGGCGCGCGGGCAGCAGGAUGAAGCCGGGGCUGUGAGGCCACAAGCGCCGGUGGCAGGGGGUGGGAAGGGUCGGAUGCCGGUCCGGGGGGACCGCUGAGGCGGCAGGUCUCUGACCUCGGAGACUGGUCCGGACGCUCCCGCCGCACCCAGUCCCCUCCGACCGUGACGCCGCGGGCCGGUGGAGGCGCGGCUCCAGCACGAUGAAGGAUUUGGGAGCAGAGUACUUGGCCGGUCGCGAAGGUGUCCAGCUCUUCGGAUUGUUGAACCUCUACCUAGAGCAGGAACAGAGAUUCCAACCUCGAGAAAAAGGGCUGAGCUUGAUCGAGGCUACCCCGGAGACGGAUAACACUUUGUGUCCAAGAUUGAGAAAUGCCAAAGUCGAAGAUUUGAGGAGUUUGACCAACUUUUUUGGAUCUUGCACUGAAACUUUUGUCUUGGCUGUCAAUAUUUUGGACAGAUUCUUGGCUCUUAUGAAGGUGAAACCUAAGCAUUUAUCUUGCAUUGGAGUCUGUUGUUUUUUGCUGGCUGCUAGAAUAGUUGAAGAAGAAUGCAAUAUUCCAUCUACUCAUGACGUGAUCCGGAUUAGCCAAUGUAAAUGUACUGCUUCUGACAUAAAGCGGAUGGAAAAAAUAAUUUCAGAAAAAUUGCACUAUGAAUUCGAAGCUACUACUGCCUUAAACUUUUUGCACUUAUACCACACUAUCGUACUUUGUCAUACUUCAGAAAGGAAAGAAAUACUGAGCCUUGAUAAAUUAGAAGCUCAGCUGAAAGCUUGCUGCUGCCGACUUACUUUUUCAAAAGCAAAACCAUCCAUACUAGCUUUGUGCCUUCUCAAUUUGGAAGUAGAAACUUUGAAAUCCAUUGAAUUGUUGGAAAUUCUCCUGCUUGUUAAAAAACAUUCCAAGGUGAAUGACUCCGAGUUCGUUUACUGGAGGGAGUUAGUUUCUAAAUGCCUAGCCGAAUAUUCUUCUCCUGAAUGUUGCAAACCAGAUCUUAAGAAGCUGGUUUGGAUCGUUUCAAGGCGCACAGCCCAGAACCUCCACAACAGCUAUUACAGUGUUCCCGAGCUGCCAACAAUACCAGAGGGGGGACGUUUUGAUGAAAGUGAAAGCGAGGACUCUUGUGAAGACAUGAGUUGUGGAGAAGAGAGCCUCAGCAGCUCCCCUCACAGGGAUCAAGAGUGCACGUUCUUCUUCAGCUUCAAAGUGGCACAGACACUGUGCUUUCCGUCUUAGAAAUCUCAUUGUCCUGGGCCCGAGUUUUAAGUGUGUGUACAGGUUUCAAAGCAAUAAAUGGAGUAGGUAGCUUCCUGGUCUACCCCCAUCCAGGCAGGAAUUGCAUCGACUCUGGAAUACCUACCUUCUGUCAAUUAUUCAGAUCAGAUCUGGCCUAUUUUCAUAUUUAAUCCUAAGCCAUCAAAUGGGUUCGUGCCUCUUAAACAAUAACAAUACUUUAGACAUUGGCACUUUAUUUUUCUCAUUGAUCUUUAGCUACUUGGGGGAGGAGGGAAGGUGCUGAUACCUUCAAUUUACUACUUUUCAAGAUGAUUUUUAAAAGAUGAGUGGUGUAGCGUCCACUUUUUAUAAAGCUUUCAGGUGUCUUUAUGGAAACAGAUUGGGAGUGUGGACGUGCUGCCUUAGCAGGCACGAUGGCUGAUCCUUUAAUGGUUUCUCUUAGGUCUCUCCCUCCCCCCCAUUCUCAGAGCAGAGAAUAUACUCUUAAUUGUCAAACACCUUUUCGGUUGUUUUUGUCUUUUAAAUGAUCAAUGUGCUCUCUGAUGCAGACUUUAGAAAUUUAGUAGGAGUUAGAAUAUUGACAUUUCUGUGAUUUUAGUGUGUAGUAUCUUCAUUUCUUUGAGGUUUCUGCCAAAGCAGAAAUAAGCAGCAGACUAGAGUAGUUGGAUAGUUGCAUUCCUAAUGCUUAAGUAUCGUCAGACUGUAGUAUUAUUUUAAUGUUCUUAAGCACUCCAUAAUCUGCUAGUUUUGCAUGUACUUGUAUGAAAGCAGUGCAGCAGGUUGAACAGAACUAGGUAACUCUGGAAUGGAUAAAUGUUGAUCUAGUAGCACAUUUUAUCUCAUUUUCUUCUAUUAGAGAAGUCUGCAUGAUUAUGUUUUAUUUCCUUUGUAAUUCACAUUUCAAAAAUAAUGGUAUUGUAUAUGGGUGCCAAGAAUAUGAACUGUAAAAAAGAAACCUAAGUGUUUGUAGUAUUAUAGUUUUAAGCAUAUUUGUGUGGUGGUACAGCCAUAAGAAAAGGGAUUUAUAAACUCUGUACACAUGAGAUUUUGUACAGAGAACUUUUUUAAACUUUAUAAACUGUAUAUGAAAGUGUAAAUCUUUAAAAAUGUACAUAAAAUACUGUAUUUUUUUACCGUGUGUGUGAUAGUCUAGUCAUUGCAUGUAAAUAUAAUUUAUUGUGUAUCCUGUAUUAUAACUCAUAUAGUGAUGACUGACUUUUUUACUGGUAAGUCAACAUCCAUUGGAUGUCUUUUGAAGUGAAUCUUUUUGAAGUAAUAGAUUACAACUCAAAAUAAAAAUAUUAACAAAUGCUA